UCAUUUGUUAGUAAAACUACGUCUCGAAAUUCAGUACAAAUAAACGCUUUGUUGCGCGACGGCCGUCACUUUGCGCGAACAUUUUAAGCGCUUUUGAUAUAAAUAAAUCCUAAAAAAUAUGAUUAAGGGAAUACAGGCUGAUGUAAAUCCAGACCUUAAGAAGGAGAGGUUGAAAUGUAAUUUCAAUAUCCAAGAGGUCACGUUCAUAAUCGACGGGGGCAAAGACAAAACUCUACAGAGGAAAAAAAUAGAGGAUGUAGCAUUGAAUAUUGCAGCUUCAAUAGACGAGGUACCCGAAGAGUGUCUUAACCUAAAAGAGAGAUACGACAAUGCAGUCAGAAAGUCCUGCGUCUACUCCAACAUUGUUAAGAAUGAGUUACUCGAAAUCACAGGAUUGGAAGCGCUCGGAUCUCCGGUGCUUCGACGGACUGCAGAUGCGUUCUUCAAAGACGUGUCACCAUUCAUGCUGCACCUGGGGAUGUUCGUGCCGACCAUCAUCGGGCAGUGCACGCCGGAGCAGCAGGCACACUGGCUGCCUAAGGCCUUGGAGAUGCAGAUCAUCGGCGCCUAUGCACAGACAGAACUUGGUCACGGUACAUUCAUACGAGGUCUAGAGACAACUGCAACAUAUGAUCCUGCCACCGAGGAGUUUGUACUGCACAGCCCCACGUUGACUUCAACUAAGUGGUGGGCAGGAGGACUUGGUAAUACUGCGAAUCAUUGUAUUGUGGUCGCACAGUUGUACACUAAGGGUCAGUGUCAUGGUACGCACCCUUUCAUCGUGCCUAUAAGAGACCUGGACACCCACGAGCCCUUCCCUGGUGUGAAGGUCGGAGACGUCGGUAUCCGUAUGGGCUUCAAUACCGCCGACAAUGGAUUCCUUAGAUUUAAUCAAUAUAGGAUACCUAGAGAGAACAUGAUGAUGAAGAACGCCAAAGUAAUGAAGGAUGGUACAUACGUGAAAGUGGCUCGUCAUGAAAAACUCACAUACGGUACAAUGGUAUUCGUUCGAGUUACCUUGGUUAUGGAGGCAGCAUUCAACUUGGCAAAAGCUGCCACCAUUGCUGUACGGUAUUCAGCAGUGAGGAGACAGUCGCAACCCAAACCAGGUGAGCCGGAGCCUCAGAUCUUGGACUACCCGACGCAGCAACACAAGUUGUUCAUCUGCAUAGCAACAGCGCAUGCGCUGCAGCUCACCGGACUAUGGUUGUGGCGCACCUUCGAAGCCGUGCUGGCCGACAUGAGGAAGGGCGACACUGACUCCUUGCCUGAGUUGCACGCACUAUCAAGCUGCCUGAAGGCAGUAAGCACAUCGGACUCUGCCGCGCUAAUUGAGCAGUGUCGCUUCGCGUGCGGCGGCCACGGCUACAUGCUGUCCUCCAACCUGCCACUCCUCUACUCCUUUGUUACUGCCACCAGGACAUAUGAAGGAGAUUACACAGUUCUAUUGUUGCAGACUGCCAGGUUCUUAGUGAAGGCAUGGGAGCAGGCAGAGAGUGGCAAGGUUCUAACGCCGACAGUGGCUUACCUGGCAUGCGCGGCUGCCAAAGAGAAAGUUGUGUGGAGCGACUCAGUUGACGGCAUGAUACGCUCCUUCCAAGCUGUAGCUGCAGGUAAGAUAGCGGCAUGUGCGGAGAACAUAAAGCGUCUUACGAAAACUGGGACUAGUUUAGAGGACGCCUGGCAGCUGAGCACGGUCAGACUAGUUGCAGCGUCUGAGGCACACUGCCGUGCUAUGAUCUGUCAAGCGUACUGGCAUGAAGUAACACGGCUGACAGCGUCAUGUAGUGCCAGUGUCAAGAUCGUAAUGGAACAGUUGGCAACACUGUACCUCGUUUAUUGGGCACUGGAGACUACAGGAGAUCUAUUGAGAUAUUCAACGAUAUGUGAAAGUGAAUUGAACAAGUUGCAGCUUAAGUACGAAGAGCUACUUGCACUAAUAAGACCGAAUGCUGUUGGCUUGGUGGAUGCAUUUGACUUUAGAGACGAGAUCUUGCAUUCAACUUUGGGCGCGUACGAUGGUCAUGUGUACGAGCGUCUGAUGGAAGAAGCACUGAAGAGUCCUCUUAAUGAAACAUCUGUCCAGUCGAGUUUCCACAAAUAUAUUAGACCUUUAGCGAAAGGAAAGCUUUGAUAAUUAAAAUAAUUAUGUAUACACAUACUUUUAAAUACUGAGAAUCUGAAAUUGACAAUCGUAAACUGAGAACUAGGAACUAGGUUUUGGGAAUAAUUAUUAAACAGCCAAAGAAAUUGAGUUGUGGUGAAUAUAAAAACGAUUUUAUCACGGUUUUUUCUGGUGCCGAUGCCAAGGGUGCAGCCCUCGGUAAUCUCGUUCUGAACAUUUAUCGUCAGAAAAGAGAAACAACUUAGUUUAUAUUUAUACUAGCAGUUACCUGCUCCUUCAUCAGCUCAGAAUAAAAAAUAAUCUAUUUAACUCUUGCAUAAAGAAGCUACUUUUUAGUAAACGUCCAGUCAGAAUCGAUCCAGCCGAUUCGGAAAUUACCCGUAACAAACGCGAACUUGCCGACAUACACAAAAACUACAAUAAAAAAAGUGGUGUUGGUUAUAAGUUAAGCAUACACAUUAUCUGCAUGUAUUUUUUUCUCCAAUGUUACAUACAGACACUUCAAUUUUAUUAAUAUGUAAAGAUAUAGAUUUUAUCUUGUUUUUGGAAUGUUACUCGUCCGUGUGUUUUAUCUAUAUUGCCUAUCUGUUAUGUUUUAUCUAAGACCAAAGCGAAGUGAUUAUAGAUAACAAUUUUAUGUUAUUGUUAUUUCAUUAUUUUGCAAUAAAUAUACAUUUUAUUUUCUUUUAAAAUGUUAAUUACUUUGCCGUCGUAUCGAUGUUGUAAAAAAUGAUGCAUCGUUAAACUUAUGUACACUAUGUGUUAGGAAUAAUUAACAUAAUUAUAUUAAUGGAAAAUAGUCUCAAUAAAUUAUUCACUUAAUUGUACUUUUUAAUUUAUCAACAUCGGUCGUGUGUUACAACAACGAACAUUAAUAUA